GUGUACAUGCCACCUGCGUCACCUGGCAAAGUGUCCACGCGUUUUGCAGCAUCCUACCCGGUGUGGAUGCAUCCUUGCAUCCACCCUGGUGCUGCAAGUCAGAGGCCAGCCUCGCAAGGCUCGCGGAUUCGCUCGACCAGCGGAGGUUCGUUCCCUUUGGGUCCGUCGGACGGCUUCCAGGAAGUGCAGCAGAUAGUGGAGCCAGACACAGAUCCAAACGGAGAAAAGUCGGAAAAAUUGGAUCUCGGUCUGAGUUCUAGCACGUCCACUUUGGCAAUUUCCAGAUCCAGGCGGGCGUCUCCGAAGAAGACUCAGGGAGGACUAUUCUUUGCAGGUCACCUCGAGAAUGCCGAAACUGAAGAAGACCGCUUGUUCGGCACAAGCAAUCGCGAGGAAGAACUUUUCCAAGCCGUCGAAGAAGAAGCUGCUGCCUUGAAAGCAAAUUGGGAGACAGGUCUGAAGCAGGACCCGCCGGAGAUAAUCGAGCGCUUGGGCGACCUCAUGGGGCUCCUGGGGCCAAGGUAUCGCACUUUGUCGCGUGAAGCUGUCUGGGAAAAGGCUCUAGCUGGUGGCAUGACGGCAUUCGAAAGGCGUGAAAAGCGUCUCGGCACUGCCGCCGCCUCUGCGCUCUCGGGACACUCUCGAAGCAGAGGUCAAAGCAAAGGAAGGCCUCCGAGCCCAGAGAGGUUGCAGGACUACGAUCCGGAUGGGAGUGCCAGGGCGGCAUGGCUGCAAGCACGAGAUCGGGAGCAAGAUGGCAAGGCUCUGGGACGACGCAUCAAGUCAGUUUCAGCCUUGGGAACGUCCGUACAGCUCCCGCUCGUUUCUUUCUGA